AUUCUGCUCCGUCUCCCAUGGCUUCCCUCCUCGAAUCCGGCUGGCAGGUAACUCAUCUUCCUCCUCCUCCUUGAAUCAUUGCUCUCCCCUGGAUCUGCCACCAAUGCUUGUCCUCCUUCUAAUUUCUGCUGUUCAAUUCCUUGGUGGAGUUAAUUCUAGACACCUCUUCUUUUCCUCUGUCUCCGGUAUUUUGCCGCGUAAAGCUUUGCCGAAUGUGAACCACGCGUUUCCGUUCAGAUCUUUUGCCAUUGUUUCAGAUGACUAAUGGGACUUUCCGCCUUGUGGUGAAAUUUCGAUUAAUGCGAAGAUGGAUAUUUUAUUUGCCGAAUUCUGCCAACCUUAAUGAGUGAUGGGGACGUUUCGACCAAUUUUUUUUUUAUAAAUUGUAAUUGUUUUCUUAUGGAGAUCUCCGUCAGAGGGGAAGCUGAAAUAGUCUCUCUGUUCUCCUUCUGCUCUAGCUGCUCUCACGCUAAUCAGUCCAAUUUUAGGGGUUUUUUUUUUGGUUGUAAUGCAUUGAGUUACUCUUUCUCUUCAAUGAAUUUUUGGUUGUCCCAUACCAGCAUAAUAAUCACCCAUAUGUAAUGUAAUCUUGGUGGAAAAAGAUGAAUUCUGGAGUCUUUUCUUGAAAAGAAAGAAGGAAGGAAAUUUGUGGCCUUUUUCAUUUGUUCUGCAAUGGAAGAUGGUCAAAACAGUUCUGAAGCGCCUCCUUCGCUGUUUGACUGCUUCAGUGCCUUGUGGGUUCUUUUAAUAACUUUUAUUUUGCUUCCAUGCAGUAUUUGAUCACACAUUUCAGCGAGUUCCAAUUGGCUUGUCUAGGGAGUUUCUUCAUUCAUGAGAGCGUCUUCUUCUUAUCUGGACUUCCUUACAUAUUCCUUGAAAGGGCAGGGUGGUUUAGCAAACACAAGAUUCAGCUUAAAAACAACAGUCCAGCAGCUCAGGAGAAAUGUAUUACUCGUCUGAUUUUGUAUCACUUCGGUGUCAAUCUACCAGUUAUGCUUGUGUCCUAUCCCGUCUUUAAGCAUAUGGGCAUGAAAAUCAGCCUUCCAUUGCCUUCAUGGAGGGUAGUUCUAACUCAGAUACUUUUCUACUUCAUCUUGGAAGAUUUUAUAUUUUACUGGGGACAUCGAAUUUUACAUACCAAAUGGUUGUACAAGCAUGUGCACAGUGUCCAUCAUGAGUAUGCUACUCCAUUUGGUCUGACAUCUGAAUAUGCUCACCCUGCUGAGAUAUUGUUCCUUGGAUUCGCUACUAUUAUUGGUCCUGCAAUUACUGGGCCGCAUCUAUCUACGCUGUGGUUAUGGAUGGUGCUUCGGGUUCUUGAAACAGUUGAAGUGCAUUCAGGUUACCAUUUUCCAUGGAGCCUGUCCAAUUUUCUUCCUCUAUAUGGAGGUUCUGAUUUUCAUGAUUAUCAUCACCGCUUGCUUUAUACUAAAUCUGGAAACUACUCGUCAACUUUCACAUACAUGGACUGGAUAUUUGGCACCGACAAAGGUUACAGAAAGUUGAAGGCAUUGAAGAGCGACGAAGAUGAACACAGCAGCAAGAAGAUGUGAUUUUGGUGACGCGAAACGUGAUUCUUUAAGCAAAUGCUGGGCAUUUAGAAGGCUCGAUGUGGAUGUAAGCCCCUAACUCUGGAAACCCCAGGACUUUAAAGUCGGAAAGAAGAGACGAAAAGGAAGUCUGAUGUUCCCUGAUACUUUGCGGUCAUCGUGUGCGUGAUAGUACCACCGUUUUGCAUUUAGUUUGGCGUUGACAUGAUGGAGGGUGUUGUUGUGUCAAGUUAGUAGAAAAGCUUUGGAAUUUUCUCUGUUAAGUUCGUCUUGUUGCUGCUGCUGUUCCUCGUCGUCGUCCUUUUUCCUUUUAUCAAAAGGUUUUCGUCAAUGGGGGUAGAAGGGAAAGUUGUAUUCUCCCCCUAUUCGUUUUCUUCUUCAUGUAGUAGAAGGAUCCGCGUAUCAUUCUGGACUUGCAACUCCUUUCCCUUUCUUCUUUGCCUCAUUACUAAUGUUACCUUAGAUUGCUGAUGCUGUGCCUUGUUUUGGAGGGCAUCAAACUGGAAAAUUCUGUUGACGGCCAAAUUGAACAACUUUUAACAGUCCCCC